UUACAGAAAAUGAUCCCUGCAAAUUACACUGAAGUGACAGAGUUCAUUCUCUCAGGGCUGACAGACUGCCCAGAUCUGCAGGCACCUCUUUUCUUAGUUUUCCUGGCAAUGUACACUGUCAUGCUCUUGGGAAACUUUGGAAUGAUUGUAUUAAUCAGGGCAGAUCUUCGUCUUCACACUCCCAUGUACUAUUUCCUCAGCCACUUGGCUUUUGUUGACAUUUGCUAUUCCUCUGUCAUCAUCCCCCAAAUGCUGGUACGUAUCUUGGAAGAGGAGAAAAACAUUGGUUUCUCAGGGUGUGCAGCGCAGCUAUGCUUCUUUGUUGUCUUUGGGAUUGCUGAGUGCCUUUUGCUGGCCGUCAUGGCAUGCGACAGGUAUGUGGCCAUCUGUAAGCCCCUCCUGUACCCUGUCAUUAUGUGCGGGUGGACAUGCAGAUGGCUCGCAGUUGGUUCCUAUGCAAUUAGCAUUUUGCAUGCAGUGACACAUGCCACUUUCAUCUUUACUUUUUCCUUCUGUUGAGCCAAUAUUAUCAACCAUUACUUCUGUGAUAUUCCCCCUCUCUUAGCUCUUUCAUGCUCUGACACCCACACCUAUGAGGAAAUGUCUGAAGAAAACUGCACUGCAGUGACCGAGUUCAUUCUCUUGGGUUUCAUCAACCGUCCAGAGCUGGAGUUACCUUUGUUUGUGCUCUUUCUAUUCAUCUAUGUUACCACUUUGGUGGGGAACAUUGGCAUCAUUGUGCUCAUUCGGUUCAAUGCCUGCCUUCAUACCCCCAUGUACUAUUUCCUGAGCAAUUUAUCUUUCUUGGACCUUAGCUAUUCAACUACCAUCUGUCCCAAGAUGCUGGUGAAUCUGUUAGCAGAGCAGAAGACCAUUUCUUUAACUGGUUGUGCAACACAGAUGUUUCUCUUUGCUGCCUUUGCUGAUGCUGAGUGCCUCCUUUUGGCUGUGAUGGCCUAUGACCGUUAUGUGGCCAUAUGUCAUCCUCUUCUCUAUGCAGUUGUCAUGUCCCGCAGGGCCUCCACCUUCAUGGUAGCCGGGGCUUAUCUCAGCGGGGGUCUGACCUCACUGAUACACACAUGUUUCACAUUCACGCUGUCAUUCUGUGGGCCCAACACCAUCAAUCAUUUCUUCUGUGACAUUCCCCCACUGCUGAAGCUCUCCUGCUCCAACAUACAUGUCAACGAGGUCCUUCUCUUUGCCCUGUGUGGCUUCAUACAAACCAGCACCUUCCUGAUCAUCGUUGCCUCCUACGCCUGCAUCCUUUGCACCAUCCUCCAAAUCCAUGCAGUGGAAGGCAGACACAAAGCCUUCUCCACCUGUACCUCCCACCUGAUGGCCCUUGUGUUAUUCUAUGGCUCCCUCCUCUUCACGUAUUUACGGCCCCGCUCCAGCUACUCGCUGGACACAGACAAAGUGAUUGCUGUAUUUUACACUGUUGUCUUUCCCAUGCUGAACCCUCUCAUCUACAGCCUGAGGAACAAGGAAGUAAGGGAAGCCCUAAGAAGAUCAACAGAGAGAAAAGUGUUUUCUCAGUCAUCUACUUAG